CAAAGGGAAAGGGCAGGAAAGAAGAAAAAAAAGAGAGGAAAAAACAAAGAAAACCAAAUCGUCCUACUAAAAAAAUGAAUUUCCUUUGGGCGUUGUCGCCCGGCACUAAACACCGCGGCCUUUUGCCCAGCGUUAAACCCUAACAUUAAACCUCUAUAACGCCUCAAGAUUGCUGAAACUCCAUUCCUUAGGAAAUUUAAAGCAAUAAAUUGGUUUAUGGAUUCCUUUUGAGGUUUUAAUAUAUCAAUGGUAGCUACCACAAGGUGCUUCAAGCUUCUCCUUCGAUGCAAAGGCACUUUCAAUUCCUAUUCCAGUUUGAUUCCAGGUUGGGGGAAGCGUGGGCAUUAUCCUCACGAUAACUAUAUUACAUCCAUACCAGUUGGAUUUCCUUGCAUUUGCCUUCUUUACCCCACUGUAAGUAAAAUCGUCGGAAAUUAUAAAUUGCUUGCAACUCAGGCUGCCCCAGAUGAAGAGGAAGUAACAGAUGAAGUCUUGAAUCAAAUUCUGGCUACAUGUGAAAACAUGCCAAAGUCAAGCGGGAAAACCUGUAAUGCUUAUGUUCAUAAGCUGUGCAAAGCUGGAAAUCUUUCAAUGGCUAUCAGAUUACUGCAAUCCUUGAGAGAUAAAAAUAUCUUCAUCGCCGACGCAUAUAAUACCCUUUUGGCUGCAGCCGCUGAAAGAAAUGAGAUUGUCCUUUCGUUUCAGAUAUUCAAAGAUUUAUUGGUGUUUCAUGGACCCUUGAGCUCAACUUGUUAUCUUAACCUUGCAAGGUCUUUUGUGAAGGCUAAUGACUGUACAGCAUUGAUUAGAUUUGUCAAACAAGUAUCGGAAUUGGCUUUCCCGAGUAGCACAACAGUUAUAAACCGAAUCAUCCUUGCCUUUGCUGAAUGCAGGCAGAUAGAAAAGGCUCUUUUGGUAUUUAAUCAGAUCAAGAGUUUUGGAUGCAAGCCUGAUGUGAUAACAUAUAAUAUUAUUUUGGAUAUCUUAGGUCGUGCUGGUCGGGUGGAUGAAAUGGUCCAUGAGUUUGCCUCUAUGAAGGAAGCUGGCUUGGUUCCAGAUAUCAUUACUUACAAUACGAUAUUGAACAAUUUGAGGAAGCUUGGGAGGUUAGAUAUGUGCUUAGUGUUUUUCAGAGAAAUGAGUGAUACUGGAGUUGAACCUGAUUUGCUUACUUAUAGAGCAAUGAUUGAGAUUUUUGGUCGAUCAGGAAACAUUAAUGAAGCUUUAAGACUCUUCAGUGAGAUGAAGCAGAGGCAGAUCUAUCCAUCAGUUUACAUAUAUCGAUCUCUAAUCUGCAUUUUGAAGAAAGUGGGGAAGGUGGAUUUGGUAAUAUCUUUUUCAGAGGAGAUGAAGUCAUCAUCCCUUUCAGAUAUAGCUGCUACAGAGAAUUUUAAACAAAAACGCAGGUAGUGAUGUACUUGAUCCAGGGUUAACCUCUGUAAGAGUUUUUUAGUGUUGUCUGGAGUACUUGAGCUUGGCUCGAUGCAAGAGUAGGAAUAUGUCAUGGAUGUUCCCUCACACAUUACUACUGAUACUGGUGUACUCUUGACAUGAGAAGCAGAGGCCAGCAAAGUCAAAGGCCGAGCCUCAACCAUGGAAAAUAUGUAGUGCAAAUAAGCGGACCCUAUUGUGCAUAGCAUUUGUAUAUCUUCUAAUACAAAUCAGUUGACAGUUCGCCGAUUGCCAACAUGAAUUAAAUUCAACGUAGUGUGCUUGUGACAUUGGAAAAGCAUUGUCAGCCUCAUAGGUUUGAGAUUUCUGAGUAGUGUGCUUGUGACAAUAUCCAUUACCUUUGUAUUAUACUUCAAGCAACAUACUUUGGCAUUUCACUAUACAAGUUGUGUAUCAUUUGACCCGAAUGGAUUUAACCAAGCUUCAUCUAUGCAUUUUAUGUGGUGUAAAAA